CUGCUUGGCUGCUUGGCUGCUUGGAUCGUGUAUGCGGGCGAGGGACUUGGACGCAUUGUCAUCACCAGGUCGCCCUUCACGUCAAAUCCCGACAAUGUCGCGUCCUACCGUGCCGGCGCUUGACCUGGGCAAGCUCGGGAUCACGCCAAACCCGCUGGCGGGCAAGGCGCUGCAGACGCUGUCGGUAAACAAGGGCAGCAGUGAGAACAAGGCCGAGACGACCACGCCAGCGACAACGACAACGCACACCCAUGCCAGCACCAAACCAGAGCGCUCCAGCAGUGCCGCCGGCAUGAAGCAAGCACGACACAAACAACAAGACCAACAAUCACAAAGACAGCAACAACAACAACAACAACAACAACAACAACAACAACAACAACAACAACAACAGCAGCAGCAGCAGCAGCAGCAGCAGCAGCCUGACGCGGCAGGCCACAACAAGCAGCCAGCCAUUCAGCGCCAAUCCAAGAAGCACACCACACCGGACACACCAGCUACAACAACGCAGGCAGCCGAGCCUGUCGCCAAGCACCCUGCAUCGCCGCCAGCACAGUCAUCACAAUCAAAGUCAGCACAGCAGCAACAACAGCAGCAGCCGGCCCGACCACGGCCAAAGCGGCAGCAGCAUGCGCCACAGAAGCACCAAGCACAGGGCCCUCCUACCCCUCGUCCACAGCAGCGGCCGCUCGUGGUCCCAGAUCGGGCGCCACCAGCUCCCGCUCCCGCUGCGCCUGCGAAAGAGAACGUCCUGCAACAAGAGUGGCAACCGAACAAAGAACAGCGGAGACCACAGGCAAGACCAGCGGAGCCGCCCGUCGCCGCCACCGAUGCCAGAACCUCGACGCGAUCCAAACCAGCCGCUGUCGACGGCAGCGCUGUGGACAGUGUUCGAAGUGGUGCCAGCGGACUGAGCACGCUGAGGAGACUGUUGGAGGGCGAUGCAGAUGAUCACAGCGCCGCGCGUCCAACGAACGUGUCCCGCACCCGCCUCCGCCCAUACAACCAACGCAACCUGAGCACCUUUCCCCCUGCCCCUCCCCCAUCCAAGCGGCGGGUGUUGCCGCCAUCAAGUGGCUCACACUAUAAGGUUCCCCAGCGCUACAAGCAGAAGCCGCUGUCGCCAGAAGCAGCACGGGCACAGGUCCGGCACCUUCUCGGCCGCGUCGCCAGCGCAAAAUCGACGAUUGACAACAGGCCUCCCAAAAGCAUGACACACAGCCAUAUGGGCAAGCAGCGUGCGAAGCAACGACAGGCCAAAACAUCUCAGCACAGGCGCUCGCGCCCACCCACCCAGCAAACGCGCCGGAAUGACGAUGAUCUGAUGGCUACGCGGCGGCUUGACGAUGACGGGGAUGAUGGCGAGGGUAACACUGUCGCUGAAACUUGGGGCGGUACAGAGGAGGCAGGGAUGCCAGCAGGCAAGCAUACGCCAACCCUGCUUACGGAGGCCCCAACAGACCCCCUAAACGACACCGUGCGUCUGAACCCGGCCCAGGCGCUCUGGGCUGACACGGACGCAACGGCAACGGCAACUGCAACAACAACUGCACGGUUGACAACUGAGGCCGACAACGAUGAUGAUCAUGUGGGAUUUGCCAACACAGACCGCAACGGUGGUGAAGAGCAUCAACUCUCCAAGACGCAGCGAUUAUGGCAGCAGCCUGCCUCGACUGACACUGAUCACAAUGGUGGAGGCAGCGACAAUGACGACGGCGACGAUGACAAGAAUGGGAAUGCCAAUGAUGAUGGCGCUGAAGGUGGCGCCAACAGUGCUCGUGGGGGCGACUUGCAGCGCACGCGACGCCUUCGGUUUCAUGACACGCUCACCCAAGAGUACGAGUACGAUAACGGCAGCACGUGCACUGACGAUGCUGCCGCUCGCGAUGACAGUGCACAGGCACCCGCUGCGGAUGCAGAUGCGAACAAACCGGCAACGACAUCGUCCAUCGCAGCGCUGUGGCAAUCACGUGCCACCCCAGCAACGACCACGGCCACAGCUGCUCGGGACACUGAGGGCACAAAACCGCGCACAGCGGCGUCAUCAUCCUCUGCAAAGACACUGUGGGCAACUGCGAGUCGAAAGGCGGCCGUGUUGUCAACAACGCUGGCGGGCUUUUCCAAACGUUUGGAGGAGCGCCUGGACGAGCUGACACGUGAUCAGGCCGCGCUGGACGCAAUGACGCGGCACCCGCUGCCAGAGAUGAUGGACGAUGACGACCACAUUCAGGAAGUCGUCAGCGCCGUGACGCGAGAGAUCCUGGACCAAGGCCUCGUUACAGACGGGGCGAUCCAAAGCGUGUUUGACCACCACAUUGCGCGAAACCCGCACAUUGAUCGGACCAAGCUCUUUCCGGAACUGCGUGAAUUGGCGGAGCAGCUCGGCGUGUCACUGAGCCUUGACGCCUACGACGGUGACAAGGGCGUGGAAACUGAUCGUCCUGAUGAGAACGGUGAUGAUGAGAACGAUAACCAUGAUGCUAAUGCUGACCAUGAUGACGACGACGACGACGACAACGACGGUGAUGAUGCUGAUGCUGGCCAUGAUGCUGAGGGCGGUCAGGGCGACACCACAGCGGAUAGUGGUCGCGAUGGUGUGGAGCAAGCAAUCGACCCGCCGGCCCUUGGUGCUGGUGGGGCGACAGGGGAGAGCAACAUGAGUCAGCCUGAGGAACCCACUUAUGGCAAUGACCCGGCUCCGACGGAAGAUGCGGCGACAGCGUGACCUUCUUUCCUGUUUCCUUCUACACACUUCUGCUUGCCUUGUACACACGUUUUUGGCGCGAAAAACCCUGGCAGUUUUGUACACAUUGAAACGACAUG